AUGGCGAGGUGCAUGAUCUUCGCAAGCGGACUAGCGUUGAAUUUCUGGGGGGACGCAGUGCAGUAUGCGGCGUGCAUCCUGGAUAGGACUCCGACGAGCGCGAACCCGAGCCGAGCGUCACCUCUCGAGAUGUUGACGGGCGUGCAGCCGCAGUUGGCCGAUAUUGUGGUGUUCGGGAGCGCGUGCACGGCGUACCGGGACCCAGGCAAGAAGGCGUGGAAGCCUCGAGCUGAGGUCGGGAUGAUUAUCGGAAAAGACGAUGAGUCUAAAGGCUACAAGGUGUACCUGCCGCACGACCGCAUCGUCAUCGUGACGCAGCAUGUACAGAAUGUGGAGACGUUGAAUGCGCCCGGCAAUGAGCAACUGCAGGCGCAGCUUCGCCGAGAGGGGACCCCGAAUUUGGUCGUGCUGUGCAGGAACGGGAGGAGGCUCUUCGUCGGAAGGAGAGAGUGGCUGCCCGCGGCAAGGGUAAAAAGAGGUCAAAGCGCAGCAAGAGGUCGAAGGCCAAGAGGUCAAAGAAGGCAAUGA